GAAAGAUUUAUUCGUUUCGGCCAGAUAUAAAAAUACCGCCAUACCAUCGACAAGACAUCAUUCACCGACCACUAACUCAACGGUAAAGUUCAGUCCGUGUACCACUGGAACGCAGUUCGUUCAAUUAAGGCAUCUCAAAAAAUGAAGGCGUUCGUUGUAUUGUCCAUGGCUCUGGCCAUCGCAUCCUGCGCGGCAGUCGACGGUUCCUCCAAGAAAGAAAAACGUGGCCUCUGGGACGAAGGACACGAAUCGUUCGAUUUCGACGAUCAUCACGAAGAUCACCACGAAGUGAAGCACCUGACCACCACCAUCACCAAGAAGGUCCCGGUUCCGUACCCGGUUGAGGUCGAGAAGCACGUUCCGGUGGAAGUAAAAGUGCCAUAUCCAGUGGAAGUCGAGAAGAAGGUUCCGGUCUACGUGGAAAAGAAGGUCCCAGUGUACGUCGAGAAGAAGGUCCCCGUCCACGUUGACCGUCCCGUCCCGUACCCAGUGGAAGUCAAGGUCCCAGUUAUCCAGAAGGAAUACGUCGAAGUGCCAAAACCGUACGCAGUUCAUGUUGAGAAGCACGUUCCAGUGGUGGUUCACAAGCCCGUGUACAUCGAGAAACCAGUUCCGGUGACCGUUCUUAUCAAGAAGACCCAGAAGAAGGGCUGGGGACUGUUCUAGGAAUGAUCAUGUUAAGUUGUUGAGUAUGUGUUGUAAAUAUAUCUAGUUGAAAAUUGAA